AUGGCUCUUUCUACUGCAAAUCUAUGCGCUGUGUGCAGACAUUUCAAGACUAUUGAGGAUCUUUGUACUCUUUCUCUUGUCUGUAAAAAGUUCCGUCAUGUGAUGGGUCAGUUGACUUCCAACCCCGUCCCUCUCACAGAGAAAACAAUUCAUUACUUCACUAACUUGAAGGAUUUACAUUUGUACACUCCACAAGACAACACUUUUGGUAAUUACAACGUCCCAGAAUCUACACCAAAGACUCACACUUUCAAUCGAAUUGUUGUCAACUACGAAGUCUCUUUCAAGACCACUAAAGACCUCCCUGAUGCUGUGUAUACAGACAUUAUUUACACCAAAGAAGAUAGACAACAGUAUGGUUCACAACUUCCUAAGUCUACCAAUUCUAUUGGAAAUUUGUGUUACGGUGGGUACAAAUGGCUCACAAAAAUAGACAUCCCCACACGUGUCACUUCAAUAAGAUACGGCUCGUUUUGGGAUUGUGCUGCACUCACUGCCGUCACUAUCUCACACUCUAUUAAGGAAGUUGGUGUUUCUUGCUUUAGAGGAUGCGAAGCUCUUCGAGAGGUUGUCUUGCCAAACUCUCUCACUAAGUUGGGUGGAUAUUCCUUUAGAGGAUGUACUGCUCUUACCAAAGUAGAUUUGCCGAAGUAUUGUUUCAUAAUAGAGGACUCAACAUUUGCAGAGUGUUCUUCUUUAAAAGUUGUUGUACUUAAAGAGGAGACAAAAGAGAUUGGGAAGGAUUGCUUUGCUAGUUGUGUUGAGCUUGAGAGUCUUGUUAUCCCAAAGAACGUUAAAAAGAUUGGGGAAAAUUGUUUCUAUAAAUGCAUCAAAUUGACUUCUAUUAGUAUUCCACAAGGAGUGGAGUCAAUUGGUAAUGGCUGUUUUGGAGAGUGCGUCGAGUUGAAAAGUAUUAAGUUGCCUAGUUCUAUCCAAACUGAUAAUUUGUGCUUCUCUGAACCCGUUCAAAUUGAAAAGUAUGAAUAA